AACUCGCGUCUCAUACUAGCCACAGUCCAACGACAACUCUCAUACGAGCGCGUCUUGCCCUGAAUAUAACUUUCUGUUUAAAAUUAAAUACUUUUAAAGUUUACGAUUUUAUUUAAUUUAAAAAUGGUGUCCAGAAUUCUCUGCUUUUCUCUGAUGGUGGCAGUGGCGAGUGCCGCGACAUUUAUCGGAAAUUUACCGCAAAAACCUAAAGAAUUAGCACACAAAGAGGGGUGCUAUGUGAAGGAAGUUAGUGAUGUAAUCCCCUUCGGUGAAACCGUUGCACCUAUUGGCGUCUGCUACAGAAUAGACUGCUCACCCCGCUACUUAUACUAUGCUUCAUGUGGAACUGUUAGUACGUCAGACCCCAAAUGUCACGUGUCAGAAGAAGAUACCAGCAGACCCUACCCAGACUGCUGUCCGACAAUCGUUUGUGACAUCGAUAACAACUUAAUUUAGCGUACGUUCGAAAGUACAUUGGAUCGAUUGGCAUUUUGUUCUAUGAGAAGAGAACAGAAAAAAAAAUCAAGUACAAAAAUUCAACAAGCGCCUAGUGCAGAAAAUUAGCAAAGUGACACAAGAUUCUUUUGCUAUAAAGAAACGGCAGGCGCUUAAGAUUUUUUCUUGGACAAUUGGAAUGGAAUCGAGUGGAAAUGGAAAAUGAUGAAAAUUGCUAAAAGCAAAGAUUAGAGGCGUUCCGGUGCGUUUUUUGUAUAUUUUGAAAGUGAAGAGAAUAAUAAGAUGUGACGAAGAUAGAAUCAUGUUGAAUGUAGACAAAUGCCAACUUUGCCAUUGUUUCCAAAAGACUUUUGGAUAGAGUUCCUUACAAACGAGUUAGUUAAUGGUCCAUUAGUCUAACUCAAGAAGCUAUCUUGCCACCAAAUUGUUAAAGUUAUUUAUUUUAGUAAAUUAAAAUUAAAGAUUAUUUUGGUAA